CGAAUCAUCAACUCGCUCUCACCGUGCACGGAUUCUCCUCUUUCUCUCCCCUGGUGCAUUACCUCAUCGGAGCGGGGUCGGUGCGUGUGACGAGCGUAUGCGCGCGUUGUGCAACCCGUCACCCUGAUUCGUCGUCGAGGUGAGAGAGAAAGAGAAAGAGAGAGAACGUCGAGGAUUCGGGCGUUCGAUCGUCUGCUGGAAGCAAAACAAUGCGCUGCUGGUGUAGCGCGUAGCGUCGCUCUAUUUGCGUGUAUGUGUGCUGCAUACCUGUGUGUAUACGUACCUGCUGCGCGGCGCGCUAGUGUGCGUUUGUUUAUGCGCGUAGAUUAGUCGCGCGACAUUCAUUCAACAGCCGGACGCGCUUCGAUGCACCACUCUUGUCAUCGUCGUCGUCGUCGUCGUCUGUCAUUUCGAAAGUAACCGAGUAAGAGCGGCGCGUAUAUACGUUAUAAGUGAAAGAGUAAAGAGGGUGUCGUCUCCUUGCGCGUAUUUAUCCAGUGAAUCACGCGCGUCCCGUCCGAUUACGCACGGCUGGGUCACGUCGCCGGAUACGACGUAUAUAUACACGCGCCGCGCCGUAUAUUAUUGUUGACGUGUCGGCGGCGAGAGAAGGAGAGUUAGACGAGAGCGGCUCGAGCUAAUUAUCGGAGAACGACAACGGGUAUCCUUUCGUCGUGGGAGGAGAAGUAGUCUCUCGCAGAAGAGAUCGCACGCAGUGUUUUCCAUCUCUCUCAUUCUACCUUCACAAUUGUCCGUCCGUGUUGUGCCGAGAGAACGUCGACCCACGUAAACAUCGGCGUGGGAGAAAGAAAGAGAGAGAGAGAGACGUUUGCCAGCGCAGAAAGAGAAAGACAGCGGCAGCAUCGGACUAGAAAGAGAGAGAACAACAACACAAAGAGAGAGAGAGAGAGAGAGAGAGAGAGACCCGUCCAGGUAUCCAUUGCACAUUUACUACAAAGCAGUGGUAAGCUUGCAGCGCAAACAUCCGUGCUCUCGCUAUAACGUAAACAGACUGCAAGAAAAUGCCGAGUGCCGAGGAGACGACGUAUCUGAUCGGCGUGAUGCCGGACGGCGCGGCGCAGGCGGACACAUUCCUAACGCGCGACGUCGACCUGCUGGUGUCGCAGAUCAAGGAGAAUCUGCGGCUGUCCAGCCUGAAGGCCAAGUCCAGCGUCAGCCAUAAGAACAGCCGGCCGUCGCCGUACCGGAUACCGGCGCGUUCCUGGGCGGACCCGGCGGCCGGUUGCGAGGUUUGCGGCCUGCGAUCCAGCAGCCAAUCUCACCAUCAACAACAGCAGAAUCACGUGACCGGCGGUCAUCAUCAUCAUUAUCACAGCCACCUGAAGAGGACCGAGAGGAAUAGAGUGGACGAUGAUCCAUAUGAGGUGCUGCAGGAGUUAUUGCGCGAGGGCGGUCUCAUCAAAGAGGCGGUCAAGAGGUUGCAGGCGAACCUUGACGAGCUCUCGAGCUCGGAGGUGGAUGAGGACGAAGAAGUGGACGACGAGGACGACGAGCAGCGGUCCAACGGCGGCUACCGUAGAAAACCAUAUUUCUACGAUUCCGAGGACGAGCCGCUACCGCCGAUGUAUGAGCCCCUGGAACUGUGAGUCGUCCCCAGCGGGAGUGCUUGAAAAGAAUCUUCUCUGACGUUUUUUUCUCGUUCUCGCCGUGAAUGGCAUCUUUGAAUACUACUCUGUUGAAAACUACAGACAUUUCUCCGAAAUGAUCCAUUUUCUUUUGUGAUUUGGGACAAAUUAUUUAAAAAGUGGCUCGAGAUACCUGCGAAAGGGCAAGGAAAACACGUUUCCUUCAUUCUGUCGGAAAAAAAAACGUGGGAGUGAACGUGUGAGCGUGUAGCGGUGAGAAACGCGAGCGCGACCGUAGACACAAUUAGGCGAGAACUCGCCUUACAUGGCCGUGUUUGUAAAUACAUUGCGUUGUCGGCGCUGCGCGUUAAAACCUCGCUUCGUAAUGCCUCGGCCGAGAUCGCCGUCGUCGUAUCGACGCUCGACGCGGCCCUACGUGGAAGACUUAUGGCCGCGAGCCACUCGCGCGGACUCGCUCCGUCACCGUGCGAGAAGCGUGUGUACGCGGAGAUGUUCCUUUCCCGUAACAUAUUGCUCUAUACUGUGUCAGCGGUAUAUUGAUCCGUAUCUCAAAUAAAUAAUUAUUGCUGGCGAUAAUUAAUAAGUUUUUAUUAAUAACGAUUCGGUGCGUCUAUUAUCGUAUUAUCACUAAGAAUCCAUAUGCGAAAUUUUCAUUUCCAGAGCGGGCUCUAUAUUAUGUUUGUUGACGUCCAAAAUUAUCGAGAAAUAUCGCCGGCGAUAAUCAUAGCAUACGCGCGGGAUGUAUUUCUUUAUAUACUUUUUUGGGAAAAUAUUGAUUCUCUUUAUAGCAUUAUUUUUUUACAUGAUGUUUAUUAUUUAUUGUUUAUAGUUUAUUAAAAUAUGUAUACUGACAAUAUCGUUAUCACAGUAUAGAGUACUACAACAGCUGAUUUGUUGCGAAACUCUUGAUUAUUGCUUCAAGUAAACGAAUUUUUGUAGAUACAGAGAAGAAAGAUUAAAAAAUUAUGCAUUAUGAUAUUAUUAUUUGUAUAAUACAUUUUUUAUUUAAUAAAAAAUUUUGAUGGUUAGAGAUUUAUUAUAUUUUCGAUGCUUAUAAUGAAAAGAAUUGAAAAUUUAAGGAAACUUGAGAGACAAAUCGCAACAUCUCUUUGAUAUUUUAAAAUUUAUUAAUUUCAUAUUUGUAUACACGCAUUUCGAAUAUUUUUAGAAAUUGGAUCAAUUGGUUAUUUGAUAAAUUUAUUUAACACGUCAUCUUGCGUUCGGACUCUUCGUGCAAGUUGUUUAGUUUGGAUUGCAUCAGAAAUCUAUGUUAACUAAUUCCUAGUAUAAGCCAGACGCCAUCGUUGUUUCGAUUACAGUAUUAGAUGAAGAAAGAAAGAUUUAGUCGAUGGUUUGCACUGAUGGCUUCAUAAUUUAAACAAAAAAUAACGAUCGUAUUACGGUAUAUCUAUAAUAGAAAGUCUCUUUUUAUGCUGUACUUUACCGUCCAUGUUGAUACACGUUCUCUCCUUCUCUCUCACACAGCCUCUUUCCUAACUCGAUCUUCCAUUUUUUUUCUUUCCCACCGAUUUCCCAGCAACAUGUACAUUAUCUACAUCUUUGACAUUUUACAUCUCUUUGUUAAUACUCGAGCGCGUCAAAAUUGCCCUAAACGAUACAACCAAACAGAAUCCCGUGGAAUUUUUUUUUAUUUUAAAAUUGUAACAAGUCUGAGAAUUCUCCAUUUAUUAACUUCAAUCAUUUUUUUUUUAAAUAUACAAUUUCAUAAAUAAACGAAUUUGUAUUCUCAACUAGACUUUGAGACUUCCAUUUGUACAACGAAUCUCAUUGUCAGUUCAAUUCUCACGGUAUAUUCUCGCAGACGUAAGUAUUUUCGUGUAAACCUUUGCGUCGACCUCUUUUUAUUCUCUUUGUUACUCUCGCUGCUUUCACCGAACGACAAUAUUUAUCCUUAAGGACGCAGCUGUCGGGAAGUAGACCGAGCUUAAGCUAAGUUAUCAAAGUUGAUCUCGCCUCGCAUCGAUCGGCUGGUCCGAUCGUCGCGCAUAUCAUGAAAAAAUAAGUGAGAUCAUUGUGUGUGUAUCUUUCUCUCUCACAACGAUUAUGUCCCCAAUAUCUUCGCCAACAAUACAAAGACAUCGAUGGUCGUUGAUAGAUUGCUGGCGCGGUUUAAUAAUCGCGAUUCUUAUUUGCUCAAAUUGAACCGUGACAUAUCUAGGCAGAACUCUCGAUACUCUAACAACAUAUAAAAUUUUCUUUUUUUUUAUUUUUUAUUUUUUUUUUUAAAGGGAAACUACGAGACAAUUCGCCUUUA